AUGCCAGGCGUAGCUGUGAAACUCUAUAGCGUCUUCUUCAAGUUACUUUUGAAACAUCGUCUCCAGAAUCUCAUUUCAAUCUCUGCUGAUGGGUUGUCGGAUCCAUUCGGCGUCUCGACCCGAUCCGACGAAUCCGUCGCCGCCGCGAAUCCGUCCUUCACCGACGGGGUUGCAACCAAAGAUAUUCACAUUGAUCCAAUGACGUCACUCACGGUAAGGAUCUUCCUUCCCGAAUCUGCUCUCUCUCCAUCCGACCCCGAUUCGCUGAAGCUACGAAACGGAGAUAAUCAUCACCACCAACCCAGAUCUGAUCGGAGACACAGCCACGGCCCUCUUAAUCCGACACCGGCGGAGAGGAACGAAUCUCGAAGGAACAGCUACGGAUUCGGUAACGAGAGUCCAGAACCAUACGGAGGAUAUGCGCCAUCUCCGAACAGGAAUUCCCGGAAACUUCCAGUGAUGUUGCAGUUCCACGGUGGAGGUUGGGUCAGCGGAAGCUCCGAUUCGGCGGCCAAUGACUUCUUUUGCCGGAGAGUCGCUAAAGUAUGCGACGUAAUUGUACUCGCCGUAGGUUAUAGGCUUGCGCCUGAGAAUCGGUACCCUGCGGCGUUCGAGGACGGUGUCAAAGUGCUGAAUUGGCUCGGGAAACAGGCUAAUCUAGCUGAUUGUUGCAAGUCUCUGGGCAAUCGACGCGUCAAUGGCGUUGAGUUGAAGAAAAUGAACGUUCAAGGACAGAUAGUGGAUGCCUUUGGAGCUUCCAUGGUUGAGCCUUGGCUGGCAUCUCACGCCGACCCUUCCAGAUGUGUUCUUCUCGGGGUGAGCUGUGGUGGGAACAUAGCAGACUACGUAGCUCGGAAAGCGGUGGAAGCUGGGAAACUUCUAGAGCCGGUGAAAGUUGUCGCACAGGUUCUAAUGUACCCUUUCUUCAUCGGAAACAAUCCAACACCGUCCGAGAUAAAGCUGGCAAACUCUUACUUCUACGACAAACCCGUCUCUGUCCUCGCCUGGAAACUCUUUUUACCAGAGAAAGAGUUCGACUUUGACCACCCGGCAGCAAACCCACUUGCCCAUAACCGCAGUGGACCACCUCUGAAGCUAAUGCCUCCAACGCUUACAGUAGUGGCUGAGCAUGACUGGAUGAGAGAUCGAGCCAUUGCUUAUGCAGAGGAGCUUAGAAAAGUAAACGUCGACUCUCCAGUUUUGGAAUACAAAGACGCGGUUCAUGAGUUUGCAACACUUGAUAUGCUUCUCAAGACUCCUCAGGCACAGGCCUGCGCCGAAGAUAUUGCCAUUUGGGUCAAGAAGUACAUUUCGCUCCGCGGCCACGAGUUCUCUUACUAA